AUGGGCUGUCCAAGACCAUCCCGCCCAAGCUUGCGAAGAACAAAAGUGGAACGAAAAGGGGCCGAGUUGUCAAUCGUGAUUGGGCAUGCGGGUACCGUUGCCGGCCCAAUG